AUGUACAGCGGCUGUUCGCCUCCUUCGAGCAUCCUCGUCAGCCACGUCGUCGACGGCGUCGCGGACGUCCCUGACGCCGGCGGUGACGGCGGAGAGGGAGACGAACCGGUGGAGGAGGGAGGGUCCGCAGGAGGCCGCGAUGGCCCUGGCGAUGGAGGUUUUACCGGUGCCGGGGGGGCCCCAGAGGACGAUGGAAGGGAGGCGGCCGGCGGAGAUCGCGGACCGGAGGAGGGAGCCGGGGGAGAGGAGGUGGUCCUGGCCGACGACCUCGUCGAGGUCGCGCGGCCGCAUCCGCUCGGAAAGCGGGGCGUGCGCGGCGCGUGGCGGGGGUUUCUGGGCGAUUUUUUCGUCUCCGUUUUCGGCGGGUUUGGGGCGCUUCUUCGGGUGGGGCGGCGGCGGAGGGGACUGGCGGUCUUCCUCGUCUGCGGCGGCGGCGCCGUGAUGGGGUGGGGGUUGAAGAAUCGAUUGAUUUUGGGUUGGACGGCCGGCGGGGAGCUAGAGCUCGAUGGCGUUACGGGGGGAGGAGGGCGACCGUCGUCGUGGUUGAGGAUCCAAUCGGUGGCCUUGAUGAGGUCGCCGGCGGCGGCGGCCAGGGAUUCGGCGGCUAGGUCGGCCGGGAAGCCCAUGUUAUGGUCAGUGAUGAUGGAAGAGUGGUACAGAGGCCAA